GAUUUCAGGGGUGGGGCUGUGGAAGGGGGACUGUGACAUUUGCCUUAUUAUAUCACAUUUUGAUUGCUAUGAUGUAGCCAACAUAGGGCUUUCCUUGAAGAAUAUUCCAAAACUGCAGCAGACCCAAAAUACGUAAUGUUAUCAGACUAUUGCCUGGUUGCAGGGAACACAACACUGUUACAACAAUUCCAUUGUCUACUAAUGCAUUUUCGGGAACAAUCCAAAGUCCUGGUCGCAGCAAAAGAUAAAGGUUAUUUUCACAUUUUUUUAACCAUAUGUGACCCAGAGUAAUGUAUUGUCGAAGGCUUUCAUGGCUGGAAUCACAUGGCUGAGAGUCUUUUGGGCUGUAUGACCAUGUUCCAGAAACUUUAUCUCCUCACGUUUCACCCACAUCUGUGGCAGGCAUCCUCAGAGGUUGUGAGGUAUGUUGGAAACUAGGCAAGGGAGGUUUACAUAUCUGUGGAAGGUCCAGGGUGGGAGAAAGAACUCUUGUCUGUUGGAGGCAGGUGUGGAUGUUGUAAUGAAUCACCUUGAUUAGCAUUUGAUGGCACUGUGACCUCAAGGCCUGGCUUCUUCCUGUCUGGGAGAAUCCUUUGUUUGGAGGUAUUAGCUGUCCCUGAUUGUUUCACGUCUGGAAUUUCUCUGUUUUCAGAGUGUUGUUCUUUAUUUUCUGUUCUGAUUUUGGAGUUUUUUUUAAAUACUGGUAGCCAGAUUUUGUUCAUUUUCAUGGUUUCCUCCUUUCUGUUGAAAUUGUCCCCAUGCUUGUGGAUUUAAAUGUCUUCUCUGUGUAGCCUGACAAGGUAGUUGUUAGAGUGGUCCAGCAUUUCUGUGUUCUCAAAUAAUAUGCUGUUUCCAAGUUGGUUCAUCAAGUGCUCUGCUAUGGCCGAAUUCUCUGGUUGAAGUAAUCUGCAGUGCCUUUCAUUGAUUCGUAUUUGGGCAUUUCUGUAUUUGGUGGUCCCUAUGUAGACUUGUCCACAGCUGCAUGGUACACGAUAGACUCCUGCAGAGGUGAGAGGGUUCCUCUUGUCAUUUACUAAAUGUAGAAUUUGUUGGAUUUUCUUAGUGGGUCUGUAGAUAGGAACAUGGCCAUACAGCCUGAAAGACUCACAGCAACCCUGUGUCCCAGAGUAGUUUGUCUGAAAAAGCUGAGGACUGAGUCCUUUGGGGGAUCCCAGGCCACCAGUGGUCCACUAAUGGAUACACCCACAAAAUGUCUAAUGGGUCUCCCAUGUGCCCAGUUUCACUGUUUCCCUUUCUUGCUGGCAGAGCUUUUCUCAGAAGUUCCUUCCACCAUCAAAACAAAAGGUGGGUGGAAGUAUACUGUAAACCACAUUUAGUGGUGAGUCUCCACCUAGAUCUGCAACUCUGUGCCUGCUUCCCUGGGAUUAAGCCUGUGCUUAAUGAGACUUAGCUCUUAAUAGAUGUAUAGUUUAGUUUAGAAAGUUGUGGCAUUAGGGUGGAUAUUUUUAGAAUGGUUUCUGGAGAAGACAAAUUGACCCUACAGUAGAGCUCACAUAUGCUUCAGCCUCAAUAAAAUGAAGGAGACACCUAACUGAGUUUUUAUUCAUUUCAAAAGGAGUGAACGACAAUUAAUUGAAAGCUGUAUCCUUAGGGGAAUUUACAUAAGCAAAACAGAACAUGUUGUUUGGAAAAUAUGUUUAACAUGUAUAUUUGAAUUUAUUAUAGAUUAAAAUAAUUUGGAUUGCUCCUGUUCUCCUCCUUGGCACAGUGGAAGCCAAUGAAGUCUGCUAUGAAAACUUAGGCUGCUUCUCAGAUAAGCCCCCUUGGUCAGGUAUACCUGGAAGACAGCUCUUUGGCUUACCUGAUUCACCUGAAUCUAUGAAUGUUUCUUUUUCUCUUUUCACCAGAGAGACAGGAAAUACGUCAGAAAGAGUAUUCUUCAAUGAUACAUUCACUAUCAAAAAUUCUCAUUUUUCUCCGUGGAGGAAAACCCGCUUUGUUAUCCAUGGAUACACCAGUACUGGAAAAUACGGCUGGGUUGUGGACAUGUGUUUGCUGAUGGUGGAGGUUGAAAACAUAAACUGCAUUGCUGUAGAUUGGGAAGAUGGAGCCAAAUGCACCUAUUUCACAGCUGCAAGCAACAUCCGUGUUCUUGGGGCUGUUAUUGCUUAUUUCCUCAACACUUUAAGGAAAAUGUAUCUUUACUGCCCUUCCAACGUCCACCUCAUUGGUCAUAGCCUUGGCGCCCAUACUGCUGGAGAAGCAGGAAGACGACUUCGAGGCAUUACCAAAACAUUCCCAGGCAUUGGCAGAAUAACUGGCUUGGACCCAGCUGGAAUUGGUUUUGAAGGUUUCCCAGACAUGGUCAGAUUGGAUCCUUCUGAUGCUAAGUUUGUGGAUGUCAUCCAUAGUAACGCUGGACAAUUUCCCAAUAUAGGAUUUGGGGUGCUUAAUGCUGUUGGAGAUCUUGACUUUUAUCCCAAUGGAGGGAUGGUUAUGCCUGGAUGCAAUAAUGCACAGCCAGAACAUGAUCAUGAAGACUUCAUUAGAGAGACUCCUAUGGCUGGAAACUGCCAUCAUUCCAGAAGUCAUGAGUAUUACCUGUACAGCAUUCUCUAUCCAAAUGGUUUCCUGGGCUAUCCUUGCAAAUCGUAUGAAUCCUUUCAAGAAGGAAAUUGCUUUCCAUGCCCCAUAGGUGGUUGCCCAAUGAUGGGCCACUAUGCAGAUCAAUUCCGUUAUAAAGUGAAGAAAAAUACAAAAUAUUAUCUAAAUACAGGAGCUAUGGAACCAUUUACAAGUUGGAGAUAUAAAAUAUCUGUGAAACUAUCUGGAAAUGCAAGGGGAUUAAUCAAUAUAAUUUUUCACGACAAAGAUGAAUACACAAAUGAAUACCAAAUUCAGAGAGGAAGCCUUAAACAAGGACAAAGCUACUCAAAAGUCACUGAUUUAGACAUUCAUCCUGACAAUGCUACAAAAGUUGAAUUUAUUUGGCAUAAGCAGUUUUUAACUGCGGUUUGGGACAAACUGGGAGCCAAAAAAGUGACUCUAAUCCGAGGGCAGGAUGGACACAAGUCUUUCUUUUGUGGCAAUGGGACGGUAAAAUAUGGAGUCCUUCAAACACUAAGAGUUUGUUGAACCCUUGGAUCAAGUAGUGUGUGCAAGUGUGUAUAUGUAUAAAUAUGGAUAAAGAAGAUCGGCUUUCUUCACUUGGCUGUUGAAAGCACUGGACAUUUGAGAAUGUGGCUCUUUAAAGCAAGGCUUCUGUGAAGUUUUCUUUGUCAUUUCAGCUCUGUACAAAAUCAGUAAUGAUUUUUGAAAGUGAGAAAUCAGUAUUAAGUUUUCAGUAUGUUUUCUAAAUUCAUGAAGAUUGGAAGCCACUGGAAUCCUCCACAGAUCAAGAAGAAAAAUUGGUCUAAAAGAGAGAGGUGCCCUCCAACUUGAGGGAAUAAAUAUAAUUUUCAGGGAUAGAUACAGAUGAAUAAGUACAUGAUGGAGGAGGGAAAUAAUCCUAAUUCAUUCAAGGAGGAUCCAUGGCUGUUUGAGCCAUGUUUGAUUUCAGGGAUAGUUUCAGUACAAACUCUGGAUUUUCCCCAUUUCCAACAGUUGAUCACUUUGUCAAUUCUGGAGAUUUCAAUUACCAACCCUGUCUGAGGACCAAGUUUGAUUACUGGAAUGAUAUUCAAACAGAAAAAUGUGUGUGGGUGAGAGGUAUAAAGAGUACCAACAAUUCUUGAUGGCAAGGUGUCAAUAAAUUACCAAGAUUUGCAA